AUGAACGUUUAUGAUGAAAUUCCCGUUCUUAAAACAAAAAUCGUAAAAGAUGAUGCAUACCAUAAAAAUUAUAAAGAAAUGCUUAAUAUGGUAGAAACUUUAAAUGAACGUUUAAAUUUAGCGGUUAAACAAGGCCCCGAUAAAGCAAUUGAAAAGCAUCUUAAACGUGGUCAAUUAUUAGUUCGUGAUAGAAUCGAUCUUUUAUUAGAUGAAGAUUCACCAUUUUUAGAAUUAUGUCCUUUAGCAGGAUGGGGCCAGAAUGAUAUGACAUUAGGUGGUUCAAGUGUUGCGGGUAUCGGUCUUGUUUGUGGCGUAGAAUGUUUAAUAACUGGUAACGUUCCGACAUUAUUUGGAGGUUCAUCCAACGAAGUUAGUGUCGCUAAAGGCGCUCGAAUUAAUGCUAUAGCUUGGCAAAAUAAAUUACCUCUAAUUCAAUUAAUUCAAACUGGAGGUGGUAAAUUGGAACAGCAAUUUAAAGUUUUUCAUCCAGGUGGUGCACAUUUUCGAAAUUUGGCUGAGCGAACAAAAGCCGGCCUUCCUACUUGUAGUAUAGUAUUUGGUAGUUCAACAGCUGGUGGUGCAUAUUCACCUGCUUUAACUGAUUACAUUAUUAUGGUGAAAAAUCAAGCUCAAGUGUUUCUUGGUGGUCCACCACUUGUUCAAUUGGCUACUGGUGAAAUUGUUGAUGCUGAAAGUCUUGGUGGUGCCGACAUGCACAGUAGAAAAUCUGGUGUUUCUGAUCAGCUUGCAUUGGAUGAACAUGACGCUAUAUAUAAAGCUCGUGAAUUCAUUUCUAGACUUAAUUGGGAAAAAAGAGGAAAAAUUCCUCAAAGUCACCUUGCUCCAAAAAUAGAUGAACCUUUGUAUGACAUUGAUGAACUUCUUGGAAUCGUAUCUGCAAAUAUUAGAGUGCCCUUUGAUGCUAAUGAAGUUAUCAAUCGUAUAGUUGAUGGAUCAAGGUUCACAGCAUUUAAACCUCUUUAUGGACCAAAUUUAAUCACUGGUUGGGCCGUUAUUCACGGUUUUCAGGUUGGUAUAAUAGCCUCUAACAAUGUUUUGUUCAUUCCAGAAAGUAAUAAAGCGACUCAAUUUAUUCGAAUGUGUAAUAUGAUGAAUGUACCACUCAUAUUUUUUCAAAACACCACCGGAUUCAUGGUAGGUAAGAAAUAUGAGGAAGAAGGGAUAAUAAAAGCUGGAACACAUUUUGUAAAUGCCGUUAGCAACAGUCAAGUACCUGUUAUUACUAUUAUGAUGGGUGCUUCUUAUGGUGCUGGGAAUUACGCUAUGUGCGGUAGAGCUUAUAAUACAAGAUUUUUGUUUUCAUGGCCAAAUAGUAAAUGUUCAAUAAUGGGUCCAGAUCAAUUAGCCGGAGUUUUGGAUUUACUUGCUCGUGAAGCUGCUGCUAGUGCGGGUAAAAAAAUUGAUGAAGCAGCAGCUGAGAGAAAUAAAGCUUUUUUAUCAAGUAAAGUUGAAAAAGAAUCUGAUGUAUAUUGGACAACAUCAAGAUUAUUAGAUGAUGGAGUGAUUGACCCAAGAAUGACUAGAGUUAUUUUGGGAUUCUGUCUAAGCGUUGUUUAUAAUGAGAAAGUUGAGGGUGGUAACUUAGGUGGUGUUAGUAGAAUGUAG